ACUACAUUUACCAAUGGUUUUUCGAUGAAAUCGACUGUAUACCGAUAACUUUACCUAUUUGCUUUACAAUUUAAUCGUUGAAACCUCUUAAGACGCAUCUGAUACGAUUCCUUUGUUACUGUCCAGCGUUGUUGGUAAUUUUUUGUGGGGGUUAUUGCGGUAAAUCGGUUAUUGCGGUAAAUCCUAGCACUGGGUCAUUUCCGUGAACGAAAAUAUUGGCCGAGUAGUUACGAUUGCAUCAGAGAGACGCUAAGCAACCAAUGAAAUGCAGCGUAAUUUAUAGACACACACCGUCUUCAGCAUGGCAGAAGGCGGAAUCAAUGAAAGUGAAAGUGCCAUUAUGCAACAUCAUUUGGAGGAUGAAAAAAAGGAUAUAUCAGAUUUGCUAAAGCGUGAAUUAAAAAGGGGAGACAUAUGGUACCUUAUUGAUGCGAAGUGGUUCAAGCAAUGGAAAAAAUAUGUAGGAUAUGAUCAAUGGGACAUUGGUAGCAUUGGGGAACAGGAUGCUUAUCCAGGACCACUUGAUAAUUCACCACUUAUGGGAGGUGAUACAGGAGAAUUGAAAGAGCAUUUAAUUGAUGAACUUGAUUAUAUUUUAUUACCUAAAGAAGGCUGGGAGAAAAUUGUGCAGUGGUAUGGAAUAGCAGAAGGCCAGACUCCAAUUGAAAGAAAGGUGAUUGAACAAGGAAUGUUUGUGAAACAUUGUAAAGUGGAAGUUUAUCUGAUGGAUGUAAAGCUCUGUGAAAAUUCAAACCUUGCAGAAAGUUAUAUGAUGACCUUUAGUAGAUGUGACACAAUAGAGGAUGUAGAAAAAGUAAUGAGAGAAAAGUUCAACAUUCACCAAAAUAAGGAAGUCCGACUAUGGAACAAAUAUAUGAGUAAUACUUAUGAACAACUCAGUAAAGCAGAUCAAACCCUGCAAGAGGCUGGACUUUACCCUGGACAAAUAAUUGUUAUAGAACAGCAGAAUGAGGAUGGUUCAUGGCCCAGACAGGCAAAGAGUUCCAGGACAGAAUCUGAUGUCAGCUCAAACAAAUCUACCUACAACAGCUACUCUAACAUGGAAUAUGACUCCAGAAGAGGAACUGUUGCUCCGGGACUGUGUGGACUGUCAAACUUGGGAAACACUUGUUUCAUGAACUCAGCAAUACAGUGUAUGUCAAAUGUUCCUAAACUGACGAAUCAUCUACUUGGAGAUCAAUGGAUAGAAGAGGUCAAUGAAGAUAACCCGUUAGGAAUGGGAGGAGAGAUUGCCAGAUCUUAUGCUGAUUUGAUGAAAACAAUGUGGUCUGGAAAGUGUAAUUAUACAGUUCCAAGAAAUUUCAAGGUACAAGUUGGAAAAUUUGCACCCCAGUUCUCAGGAUACCAGCAGCAGGAUUCACAGGAACUACUAGCAUUUUUACUAGAUGGUCUACAUGAAGAUUUGAAUAGAAUUAAGAAAAAACCUUAUAUUGAAUUUCAGGAUGCAGACAAUCGUCCAGAUCAGGAAGUAGCCAGUGAAUCUUGGAGUAUCUACAAAAAGAGGAACAAUUCAGUGAUAGUGGACACAUUUCAUGGAUUGUUAAAAUCAACAGUGCUUUGUCCAGAGUGUCCCAAGAUAUCUGUUACGUUUGAUCCAUUUUGUUAUUUGUCAUUGCCAAUGCCCGUUAAAAAGGAAAGACUACUAGAAGUGUUUUGGAUACCAUUACUGCCAGAAAGAAAACCGAUCCAGAUGAAAAUAAUGGUACCUAAAACGGGUGUUGUCAGUGAUUUGUGUGCAGCAGUAGGAGAAGUGAUGUUGGCUGAUCCGUGUAAGAUGGUGGUUACAGAUGUGUACAAUCAUAGAUUUCACAAGAUCUUUUCAACUGAAGAAGCUUUAUCUCAAAUCCUGGAUAGAGAUGAUAUAUUUAUAUAUGAAAUGCCAAUAUCACAAGGUGAUGGGUCAGAUAAACUAAUCGUUCCAGUUUACAUGAGAGAAAACAGAGAGAAAAAUAACUAUUCUUCAAGUUACCACAUGUCAAGCUGGCAGCUGUUUGGUCAGCCAAUGCUCCUAACACUACCAUCUAAAACCUGUACAACAGAUGUCCUCUACAAUGCUUUUCUGCAAAGAAUGUCUCGCUAUAUACAAACCCCAUCGGUGGAUGACUUGUGGUGGGAUGCUGGUGAAGAUGAAGAUCACAUGAAAGACAAUAGAAUUGACAGUGAAAAUGACAGUACAGAGCCUGAAAAAGAAAAUCAAGAAAAUAGAGAUAUCUCAGGAAUGGAAACAGAGUCCUCAAAUACAGACUUGAACUCCAAAUUUGAUCAACAGGAGUCAGAAUUUGAUGCUCUAAGUUAUAAACAACAGAAUGGUGAGCCCAAAAGAUUGGUGAAGUUUACCAUGUUUGCUUACAUGUGGAUGGGGAUAAAAAUGAAAUUGAAAGCAGUACACUGUUAUUUAAAGGAAAAUUGCAUAAAUCUUAUUUCAUUUUUAGGUAGGUCAUAUAUAGCAGCUGAUUGGCAUCCAGUGGCAAAGGAAAAAUUUUUCUUGGAAAAAAAAGCAGAAGAAUUUGAACAACAUGAGUCUAUGAAGGUUAAGUCACGUAAGAAACAAAUCAUACAACUGGAUGAUUGUCUAGAUCUCUUCACAAAGACAGAACAACUAGGAGAAAAUGAUUUAUGGUAUUGUCCAAACUGCAAAUUACACCAGCCUGCGACCAAAAAGUUUGAUUUGUGGAACCUACCAGAAAUAUUGAUAAUUCAUUUGAAGAGAUUUUCAUACAACCGUUUUUACCGAGAUAAAAUUGAUACCAUUGUAGAAUUUCCGAUUAGAGGACUUAAUCUCAAAAAAUAUGUUAUUGAUCCUUGUCAUGGGCCAGUGCUGUAUGAUCUGAUAGCAGUUAGUAACCAUUAUGGAGGUCUUGGUGGAGGCCAUUAUACGGCAUAUGCAAAGAACAAAGAUGAUGGAAAUUGGUAUUACUUUGAUGAUUCUAGUGUGUCUUCAUCAUCAGAGGAUGAUGUGGUUUCCAAAGCUGCAUACCUUCUUGUGUAUCAAAGGCAGUCUUCCACAACACCUUGUGCAUCUGGAAAUGGACAUUUAAUAGGCAAUGAGUGAAGUGAUGGAAAUACAAAAUGGAGCUAACAAUAAUUUAUUUGGGUUACAUCAGAUUAUGUAGGAAGCCAGUGUGUGCAUUGUCAGAUAGCCAAAUACAUGAGGACAUCAAUGUAUUGUCAUUCUCCAGUUUACAAAAUAACUGAGACAACGUGUAUUACUAAUUAGUAUGUAAUAGAUAAAGAAAAUAAUUUGUCAAAA